GUCAUAUUCAGUUCCAAGUCUUCAGUACUAAGAGCAUACAAUAAUUAUCAACAUGAACGCUUUGUCCGUCGUAGCUUUCGCCUGUGUGGUCGUCAUUGCCAGCGCUUCUGGUAUCCAUGAUCAUGGUCUUAUUAACCAUAACUACCAUGGAUCAGUGGGACCAGCCGGUGUUGUCACUGGUGCCGGAGCUGUGGGACCAGCUGGAUCUGUCGAUGGACACGCCGCCAUUGGCCCAGCUGGAAUCGUUACUGGACAUGGAGCUGUAGGACCAACUGGACCUAACGGACAUUUGGGACUUGGUGUCGGUCAUUUGGGACUUGGAGUUGGUCAUUUGGGACUUGGACACGCCGUCGUCGCUGGACCAGCAGUCGGUUUGGGAUUGGGACACGGAUUAGGAUUGGGACAUGGAUUAGGAUUGGGACAUGGUUUGGGAUUGGGACAUGGUUUGGGAUUGGGAUACGGUUUGGGACACGCCGGUGUCAUCGGACAUGCCGCCCAUGCCGGAGUCAUCGUCCAAGGCCCACACACCGUUCCAGCUACCAUCGUUGGUCCAGCCGGACACAUUGUAGCUGAUGGACUUUACGGAGUCGGUCACGGUGUUCAUGGACUUCACCAUCAUUAUUAAACUUCUAUAGACAGCAUAGCCUAGACAUAUAGGUACAGACGAAUUGCUGUAACAAACUUUCAUUUUCUAUUUUUUUUCUUAUUUGUUUUGUUGCUCUCCCUUUAUUUUAACGUGCUGUAUCAGUAUGAUAUUUAGUUCAAUUUCUCCACUGAUUCUAUUUAUUUCUGUUUCAUUUACUUUUUAAGUAACUCGAAUGUGAUGUAUGCUAGGUUUAUGUAGUAUUUAAUGAUUAGUUUUAUCCAUGAAGUCUGCUCAACGCAACCAAGACGAUACGCGCUAUGUAUUACAGGAUUAUUCUUCCUACAAUUUUUGUAUAUAUUAUAAAA